GUGUCAUGGAUUUUAUGUUAAUAUAUAUUUUGGACGGGCGGGUUACCCAUCCGUAGUUCAGAAAUCGUGAAAUUUUACAAACUGUAAGAGUGUGUGAUGCACAGAACUGUAUGGAGUCAAUGCUGGGAUCCAGGCGCUACGGAUUAAGUCUAGAUUAUCUCGCUUCAGGGUCUGUUUGUACUAACGUUAAAGUACCAGCUCAAGUGCAGGGAACCUACGCGGUUAUAGCCCGUUUUAAAAAGAACAGCAAAUUAAACAUAUUCUCUUCAACAGCUCAUUCUUCGGUGCAUAAAAACAAAUAACUUGAUUUUACAGAUCAGUGGCAUAAAUCGGGUUUUAUGUGCUAAAGCUUUUUUGUGCUAGUUCUGGUUCGAGGAAUCGCCUCUACGCGCCAGCUGACGUCCAACGGAGUUCUACUCAUAACAGCGCAUCACCGCGCAACUGCGUCCGGGUUUAAACCGCAAAAAUGUCAGGGCAGAAAGACACUGGUGAGGAGACCUUCGAUGUAAUGGAACUGGCAGAGUACGCCAAGAAACAGAACUGGUGGAACAGGGCCUUUGGGAAGAAGGACUCUGGCCCAGCUGCAGAGAAGUAUUCCGUGGCCAAGCAGCUUGUGAUUGGAGGAGUUACAGGCUGGUGUGCAGGGUAUCUGUUUCAAAAAGUGGGGAAGCUUGCCGCUUCAGCAGUGGGUGGAGGCUUCAUUCUGCUUCAGAUCGCAAAUCACACAGGGUACAUAACGGUGGACUGGAAGAGGGUGGAGAAGGACGUGAACAAGGCGAAGAAACAGCUGAAGCUCAGCGCAGAGAAGCCCCCGAAGGAGGUGCGGACGAAGGCGCAAGAGGUGCAGUCAUUUGUGAAGAAAAACCUGGUUCUCUCUGGGGGGUUUGCCGGAAGUAAGACUGGACACAGUGGUACAUCCAUAUUCAUCCAACUCCGUACUGCUCUGAAAACAUGGAGCUCCAUAGAACUCGCAUCCUAUAGUAGAUUCACUCCUUCCUACAACUGGCAUUACUGGUUUGGUUUCCUCCCCUUAUAAGAAGAUAUCACUAAAAACAAUAUCAGCCCUGUUCCAAUUGUUUCAGUUUGGGGGAGAGAUCUCAAGGGAUUGGGUGUAGAACUAUAUUGGGGCACUAUAUGAGGCAAUAUUUUUGUGUCCUCACUUGUGUCAACUAGUACAUUUUAAAUUUUACAAAAUUUACCUUACCCCAUUGUACAGUACCAAUUUCAGAUUAAACUGUCAGAAGAUGUGUAAUAUAGGGACCUAUUUGCAUGUUUUGAGUGGCCAGUUGUGACUCAACUAUGUAAAUAUGCAAUAUCAAUCCUAGCAAACCUCCUCAAUAGCUAAGUUCAAGAUAUCAACUUGAAAGAAAGGCAGUUUUGAUUGCACUGAGUUGAUUAAUAUCAUUACAAUAAAAGUUCGUUGCAAUGUUGCACCUGCUUUACAAGAUUUCAUGAGAAGAAUCCAUCGCUCCAUCAUCACAAAUACAAUUUAAAUCUGACUUUACUGCAUCACCAUUUACGGUGGAGAAGCUCAUAGGAUGCGGAAGUAAAUUCAAGGAAAUAGGACCAAAUGUAUUUGAGAUUCUAUUACAGAAACAGAAUAAAUAUCACUCAACUGA